CCCCCCCCUCCCUCCUUCCCUCCUCCCCUCUCACUGGUGAGACCCGCUUCGUUGUCCCCCCGCCUUUGCAGAUCUCUCCCCCUCCCCUUCCUCAAGGACCUCGUACUAUGCUGGUCCCGCUUGGCCUGUUGGCCCUCUCGGCUCUCGGCCUGGUUGCCGGCUCGCCGAUCCCCAGCAGCGAGUUCGGUGCCGCGCCGAUCGAGCUUCACCGUGGCAAGCAAAUCGUCCGCUGUCCGCUGGAGCAGCUCCACCCCCUGAACAACGCUUUUGUGACUCAUGGCCAGGAGCCGGAGUUCUGGGGUCAGACCACCGAGCAUGUUGAAGUUGUUUCCUCUGGUCUGCUGACCACGACUCUGUCCUCCCUCCCCGGGUGCUUUGUCCAUGUGGAGGAUGUGGCCGAUCUCCUGUGGGAGACCGAGUCCCCCCCGCGCUGGCGCUCCCGCCGCAGCCACCCCGGCCACUUUGUGGCCAACCCCCAGCUGUCGGACCACCACGACACGUACCAUCCCCUGCCGGAGAUCCUGGACUUCUACAUGGGCCUGGUCAACCACACCGAGUCCAUCCCCUCGCACCAGGUCGAGGCCACUUGGAUCCCGAGCAUCGGCCAGUCGCACGAGGGCCGCGACCUGCCGGUCAUCCGCCUGCGCCCGCGCUUCGGCCCCCAGCCCAAGCGCACCUUCUUCAUCAGUGCCGGUAUCCAUGCCCGCGAGUGGGUUUCCCCGGCCACCGCCCAGUACGUGGCUGCCCAGAUUGUGGACGCCUAUGGAUCGGAUGCCAACACCACCGUUUUCCUGAAUGAGUUUGAGGUUGUCAUUGCCCCGAUGCUCAACCCCGAUGGCUAUGUUUUCAGCUGGGAGCAUGACCGCCUGUGGCGCAAGAACCGCCGCCCGGCCGACAAGUCGACCGAUGCCCAGGCUGCCGAUGCCACCCCCUGCGUUGGUGUCGAUCUGAACCGCAACUUCGACAACCACUGGGGCGGUGUCGGUGCCUCCCCCCGGCCGUGUGCCACGGAUUACCGCGGUCCGUCGGCCGCUUCCGAGCCCGAGACCCAGGCCGUCCAGAAGUUCGUCCUCGAGCAGCUGUCCAACCGCAGUGUCGGCCUGGACAUCCAUGCCUAUGGCCAGCUGAUCCUCCGGUCCUUCGGCUACACGGUGACUCCGGCCCCGAACGAGGCGGUCCUGGCCUCGGUUGGCGAUGGCAUCGCCGCCGCCAUCCUGGCCGUCCACGGGUCGGUGUACACCAGCAUGCCGGCCUCCGGCCUGUACCCCACCACUGGCAGCACUGACGACUGGUACACCGAGCAGGGUGGCAUGUGGGGCUGGACUUUCGAGCUCCGUGACACCGGCCGCUAUGGCUUCCGCCUGCCGCCGGAGCAGAUCCGCCCCACCGCCGAGGAGGCCUGGGCCGGCAUCCUGUAUCUGGGUCAGCGCGCCGCUGCCGAGGGGCCGAUCUCCAACUAGAAGCCUGGCUUUCCUCAUGGUCUCCCGCCAUGUCCCCCCCCCCC